UAACGUAGCGGGGCUCGUCAACUGUCAACACGGAUUUGGACAAAAAAUCCUGCGCUGCUUUCUCGCACAUCUAAGAAAAUGUUAGAAACGACGACAUUCAUAUCGAUAUUGCGGAAUAAAACGUUGUAUUUUUAGACUCUGAUUGUAUUUACAGAAAAUUUGGAAGGAGGGAUGCCGGUGGAGAGUGGAAGCAGUGCUGCUGCCCGCCAGGCCAAGCAGAAGAGGAAGUCCCACAGCCUGUCCAUCCGCAGGACCAACAGCACCGAGCAGGAGCGUUCUGGUCUGCAGAGAGACAUGCUGGAGGGACAGGACUCCAAACUGCCUUUGUCUCUGAGGAGCAAUCUGCUGGACCUUUUCAGUCAGAUAGAGAGGGAGUUUGAAAACCUCUACAUUGAAAACCUGGAAUUACGCAGAGAAAUCGAAACGCUGAAUGAUCGUUUGACUGCAGAAGGACAGACUUUCGAAGGGGCAGAUUUAGCCAAAGGAGCACUCAAAACAAAAGCGAGUCAUAGCACCAGUCAGCUGUCACAAAAACUAAAGACUACCUACAAGGCCUCCACAAGCAAGCCGCGUUCAAACUCUUGCCAUGCCAGAGUAGGUGGAUCCCGCAACUUCAGCGUAACCAGUUGGGAGUUGUGGGGUGGAGACUCAUGGAUUGUGUCCAGUUUCAAAGCGACCACGUCCAGAGCCGUGUGCCAGCUGGUCAGGGAGUAUGUCGGCCACAGAGACGGCAUCUGGGACCUAAGCGUUACCAGGACACAACCUGUGGUGCUCGGAACUGCGUCUGCAGACCACACUGCGAUGCUGUGGAGCAUUGAGACUGGGAAGUGCCUCCUCAAAUAUAUGGGCCAUCAAGGAUCAGUCAACUCCAUCAAGUUUCACCCCACUGAACAGAUGGCUCUAACAGCCUCUGGAGACCAGACAGCUCACAUCUGGAGGUACAUGGUGCAGCUGCCCACUCCGCAGCCUGUUGCUGAUAUCAGUCAGCAGACGCCCUGCGAUGAUGACGUGGACUUUUCAGAUAAAGAUGAGGCCGACGGCGAGGUCGAAGGUCCAAACGACUGUCCUUCUGUCCGUGUGCCGACCACGACUCUGCGCAGCCACCAGGGUGUGGUGAUUGCUGCUGAUUGGCUAGUGGGGGGCAAACAGGUGGUGACGGCCUCCUGGGACCGAGCCGCCAACCUUUAUGAUGUGGAGACGUCAGAGCUGGUCCACUCACUCACUGGCCAUGACCAGGAGCUGACCCACUGUUGCACACACCCCACCCAGCGCCUGGUGGUCACCUCAUCCAGAGACACCACCUUCAGACUGUGGGACUUCAGAGACCCGUCCAUCCACUCUGUCAACGUGUUCCAGGGACACACUGACACGGUGACAUCUGCUGUGUUCACGGUGGGCGACAACGUGGUGUCUGGGAGCGACGAUCGAACCGUCAAAGUGUGGGACCUGAAGAACAUGAGGUCGCCCAUAGCAACCAUCCGCACCGACUCUGCUGUCAACAGAAUCAGCGUGUCAGUGACCCAGAAAAUCAUCGCUCUUCCUCACGACAAUCGGCAGGUCCGGCUGUUCGACAUGUCCGGGGUGCGACUGGCUCGGCUCCCGCGGAGCAACAGACAGGGUCACCGGCGGAUGGUGUGCUGCUCCGCCUGGUGUGAAGACAACGCCUCUUGCAACCUGUUUACAUGCGGCUUCGACCGGCAGGCCAUCGGCUGGAACAUCAACAUCCCCGCUCUCCUGCAGGAGAAAUGACCUCCUGCUGCUGUCGCUUAACAAUAAAACUCCACCCGACGUGCGUCUCUGGAGCAUCAAACACUCACAUCCUGCAGGCUUAAAAGGUGGCGUUAAAAAGUUUACUUCUAUCCUUCCUUUUGUCUGUGAAAUCUUGUCACAUGUUGUAACCGACACAAUUUUAGCAAUCACUCGGCGAAAGAUAAGACUUUUAACAGCCGUCUUUUGAGUCUACAGAGGGUCAGUAUUUGACACUUAAAGCUCCCUGAGGUCUGACCUCCGCAGUCUGAGGAGGGAAGGACAAAAAAAUUAAAAGAGGACUUGCGCUCGCUGUCUACUGCAUCUGUUAUGCUCUUUAACUCACCGCUGCCAAUACACACAGAACAUAUCUGUGUGGGUUUUUUUGCACGGAAGCAAUUCCUCACCAUCCAAAAGAGGAAAAAAAACUGUGUACCACUGAUGGAAAAAAAGCACAGAAACAUAACACAGGAGAGUCUUCUUUGUUAAAAAUUAAAAAGCACAUGCUGACGCGGAAGAGUUAGAUAAGUGAGGUGCUUAUUUAAGCAAGUCUAAUCUGUGCCACUAACAGCAGAUGUUUGUUUGGACAAGAACAGAAGUCUGACACUUCCGAGGAAAAAAUCCACUAGCUUUCAAUCAAUUUUAGGUGUUAAUCUGCGAUAACUUGCCCUUUAGAUUUAUUUAAAUUUACGUAUUUCUUUGAUAGGUAAAUGGUAGUGCAAAAUGGCAGCACUUAAAAGAAGCCAAAACUUUAUGAUUCUCAGAAGUUAAAAUCAUCUUUUUUUCAUCAUCCUUUCAGUCUCUCAAACAUUUUCUGCCUCUGGAAAUAACGUGACAACACAAACCUUUGUCGAAAACGUGUUUGGCUGGUUAUCCACUGUGGUUAGCUUUUUGUUAAAAAAUGAUUUUUUUACUUCUGAGUUUCAUUCCAAAAUGUUUUUGUUUGGCACCUGAGGUUUGCAGCUCAACAUCUGUUAAACACUUUAAAACUGUCUAUCAUGUGUCAGAGCUCUCUCGGUUGUCACAGCUUAGUUCUGCUCAGCGACAGACACUCUGGAGACUCUGUGCGAUAAAGUAAUGCACCUUUUUGAAAGUACUUAUAGCUUUUUGUUGCUGUUUUAGAAAAAGAAAAAAAACGCCUUUGCAGCUGCUGUAUAUAGUCAGCACAGUCCGAAUGGAAAACAGCUCAGUGCUUGUGAGUUUCAGCUGCUGGCUGGUCGUAAUGUUGUCUGCACAGUCAGACACUUUGGCACAUAAUGGUCCUAUUCUGUAGUAAUAAUCGAGAUGGCUGAUAAAGGGUAAGAAAUUGUCUGGUUUCUCUUCUGUGGCAACCUGAUAAAAAUGUGAGUAAAAACAUUUCCUGUGCUGGCAGCGGUGCUGUGUUUAAAAACGGUUUCUCUCCAGUGUGGUUCACUUGUACUGCUGGCAUGUUGUUCGCCCUGAAGACAAGAGUGACAUACUACAAAUCACGAUUCUGGGUGGCUUUCAGAUUGAACCUGAACAAGUCUGUUACAAGCAGGAAAUCACUGGAUGGUAGCAAAUAAUUUUGAAGAAGAAAAGAAAUGAUGCCAGCUGGGUUAAAGCUACAAACACAUGAUUUACUCCAAUAGAAAGGCAGCAGUCUCUAAUAAAAGAAGCUAUAUGCAAUGUGUUAAUUAUUAUGCCAUUUGCACAAUUAUAUUUAUCUCUGAAAGACAAAAAAUAUAAAAUCUUAGAUUACUUCUGCAAAGAUUCUGUAAUUGUAACCAAAAACUAGUUUAUCUUGACUUCUUGCUCCAUGUUUUAAAAACGUUAGCUAACUUUUAAGGAAAAAAAAUGUAAACAAUCUAAACUCUGUUAUCUGCUCACCAAUACAUAAAAAGGACUAUUGCUAUAAUAAUAAUUAAAGGUGUACUUCGGAGGGUUUAUGUCAGUAACUGUUUGUAAACAACAUUUAAACUUAACCCGUCCUAACUACACUGCUUGCACAGACACUGCAAGCUAAUAUUGUAGGAACGUUACAUUUGUUGUAACAAAAAACCAAACUUCAGAAAUUGCCAGCAUCUACCUGUUAAACAGAAAACAGGCCAGCUCCGCCUCGCUAUAUAUCCCGAUCGUCUCCUAAUACCUGCUCACUACGGUUACAUAAAGUCUCAACCUCAUCUGGGUGCUGUUAUUGGCUGGGGACUACACGCCCAGAAACACCCCGACCACAGCAAAAUAAGAGAAUACAGGCACAGUCCUUGCAGAUACAGACACUGUCAAACGUUCUAGUGCAUCAUAAGUGAUAUAGAGAAAAUUGCUUUUGUAAGAGUCUGUAUUUUGUGUGUGUUUAUGUAUGAAAAUCCUGCAUAGUGCACCUUUAAAGUUUUGCAUUAUAGCUUCCAGCCACUAAUGACAGCACUCCAGUCAGUGAGUGAAGAAGAAAUCCUGCGUCAUUUUAAAUUACUUAUAUUAAUUAUAAUCAUUCAAUCUACAUUUUAAAGACUGGCAAAAAUGCUUGAGUGACUGAAAUGUUUAAGCUCUGUAUGUUAGCCAUCCAGGACCAUGAUACGCAGAACUAGCAUGUGGUAAAAUGACUGAAACCUAUUCGCUAGUGACAGUGUUUCACUCCACUGUGGGCCUCGGUAGUAUGGCUUCUCUCCAGGGUGGAUGCUGAUGUUUUCUCCCAGCACAGACAAGUGUUAUAAACUCUUAUACUGGUCACAUAGGUCAGCUUCCUCUCCUGAGUGGAGGCUUUGGAGUUGUGGGUGUAUUCCUUAAUGGCUAAAACUUCUCCUGUGUUGGUCCCAGUAGGCAGGUUUUUUUCUCCUCCUACGUGAUCUUCUAUGUGAUCACUCUGCUCACAGUGUUGACGUCUGGAUCUGACUGUGUUUCUGUCUCUGUAAAGCCAUGAACCAGCCACUGUGUGUCUAGUAGACAGAAAAAAAAGUCAUUGCCCUGUUGACAGUUUAUUGUUAGAGGCUGAUAAAUAUACAGACAUCCAAGAUUUGUGUGCAAGGAGAAAAGGUGACAUCAGUGUUUCUGUACAUGUGCAAAUGAAAUCUUUAGUCUCUAAGAGCAACAUCUGUUGGUUGUUAGGCAGGGCUGGGUAUCGAGAAAUAAUACCUCUAGUAUGCCUAUAGUAUACUCAGUGUAAAGCU